AGAGGUGAAAGGCCAGAGUCAGCAAGACACUUCCAAAGCAAGCUUCCCAAGGAGAAUGGGCACCCAGGGAAAAGUCUGACCCAGAAAUAGAAGACUAUAAUAAGGUCAAGCAAAGAGAAGAGAGAAAGCAGGAAAGGGAACAGCAGAGGAUAACACGCUUAAAAACAACAAGCAAUGGCGAACAUGAAGAAAACAAUGAGCAGGUUCUUGAAAAGAAUACACUUAACAAAGCUCUGGCACCGCUGCGGGAAAGGCAGACACUAAAAGUAGACUAUCCUGGGUGAUCAGGUGCAAAGCUGCUAUACUCUGGAAGCCCAGAGCCCCACUUGCCAUUGAGGAGAUAGAAGUGGCCCCACCAAAAGCGAAAGAGGUCCGAAUAAAGAUUGUGGCCACAGGAAUCUGUGGUACUGAUAUCAAUAGUAUGGACACUGAACAGCUUUCUCAGCUUUGCCCCAUCAUUAUGGGUCAUGAAGGCGUUGGGAUAGUCGAGAGUGUUGGAGAAGAAGUAAGCACAGUAAGAACAGGUGAUAAAGUUAUCGUAUUAUGUCUGCCACAGUGUGGAGAAUGUAAUACUUGCCUGAAUUCCAAGAACAAUAUUUGUACAGAAAUUAGACUGUCAUGGAAACAUCUGGCAGCUGAAGGCAGAAUUACCUGCAAGGGAAAGUUGGUGCAUCAAUAUAUUGCUACAGGCACCUUGUGUGAAUACACAGUCAUAAAGGAAAUCUCAGUUGCCAAGAUUGAUGAAGGCACUCCCCUGGAGAAGGUGUGCAUAAUUGGCUGUGGCUUUGCCACUGGGUAUGGUGCUGCAAUCAACUCUGCCAAGGUGACUCCAGGCUCCACCUGUGUCGUGUUUGGCCUCGGAGGGGUUGGUCUGUCUGUCAUCAUUGGCUGUAAAGCAGCAGGAGCAGCCAGGAUCAUUGCUGUGGACAUCAACAAAGACAAGUUUGCCAAGGCCAGGACAGUGGGUGCCACUUUCUGCGUAGACCCACGGGACUUGGAGAAACCCAUUGAGGAAUUCUUAAUUGAUAUGCUGAAUGGUGGCGCAGACUUCUGCUUUGAGGUCACUGGAAACACGGAAACAGUGGCAACGGCCCUGGGCUCCUGCCACAAGGAUCACGGGGUGUGUGUGAUUAUUGGAUCAAUAGGAUCUUGCAGCAAUAAAAUCAACAUCAGUAGCCACUUGUUCUUCUCAGGACGAACUCUGAAAGCUUCUGUUUUGGGAGGCUGGAGAACCAAAGAGGAAAUCCCUAAGCUGGUUUCUGACUAUAUGGCAAAGAAGUUUAACCUGGAUCCCCUGAUCAGCCACACCCUGACUCUCAGUGAGGCCAAUGAGGCAGUUCAGCUAAUGAAAAGCGGGCAAUGUAUCCGCUGUGUCCUGCUACCAUAAUUAGAAGAUCUACACAUUUCAUCAUGUAUCAUGAUUUAAAAGAAUCUGCCACACAGUGGUUUUCUAGCCUUUCAUUCACUCAGCAACAAUCUCGAAUCAAGCUUCUCAACUGACCACACCAUGGAAAUUAUUCCCAUGUGCCCCGGUGCCAUGGAGUACCAGCCUCCCUUGUACAGCUAUGAUAAGGUUGAUUUGAGUUACUCAAUAGCAGAUUCUGCAGACGAAAGCACACCAAGAUGCUCCAUUGGCACAGCUGUCCCUACCUAGGGGUGCACAUUUCCACACUCACUGGAUCUUUCCCAUGAUGUAUGGAUCCACACAAGGAGCUCUGUGUGUUGUUCACAAGGUGCAGAAUUCCCACCAGAGAAGUUAGUGGAACUGAUAAACAAUUGAGUUAAUGUUUAGGUCACAAAACAGCAAUAACAAGUUAUCUGAUAUGGAAAUCAAGGAAGCAAUAUCACAACUGCUAUGAGAUUUAUCUCACAAAUAAAUUAGUAACAUAGAAACAAAUUUAGUCAAAGGUGAAAUAUCUCUAAAAUAAAAAGUAUAAAACAUUGCA